AUGGCGCGCAUAGCGAAGAGGAGACCGGCCAGCAAGGCCGAUACCUCUAUCCGUGGCAAUGGAGUCGUGUUGACGCCGCGGAAACGACGGCUUUCCGAGAUUGUUGAAUCGCAGACAGAGGAUGACGAGGAUGAAGCCGAGGAUCUGGAUCCCAUGACACCGACAAAGAGACAGCGCACGGUCGGACAGCAGCCUCUCUUGUCCGGAUCGUGUACGAAGCAAAACCAGCAGCGGCAGCGACUGGCCGACGGCGAGAAAGACAAGGGUGCAGAUCCCUACGACUACGACAGCGUCUACGAUGUGCCGGCCGACGACAAGAGCCUUCCGGUGGCGCCGAAGCCGAACAGCCAGCAGAAGCAGGUACGGCUGCCGAAGAAGCAGAUAGCCGAGGACGUGGGCGGCGGCGGCCAAGUCAGCACACCGACGGCCAGACGGCGAACGACGGCGAUGUUUGGGACGCCGACCAAUGCCUUUUCCGUGACGACACCACGAAAGGCAAUUGUCGACACGCCGAUGCGGCGGUCCAUGGCAGACCGGUCGGCGCGUCGGAAGAGCACGCGGGCACUGAUCGACCGGGCUGUGGCUGGAGACGAAGACGAGGAUGAUGAUGACGAGCUAGAGGCCAGGAUAUUCGGGGUGGAGGAGGACGAGGACGAGGACGAGGACGAGAACGUGGUAGGGGAUGAAGAGGAAGAUGGCAAGACGGACGAGAAGAUUGAUCAGACCGACAAGACAGACGUCAGCGAACAGCCGAUGGAGCCGGUGACGCCGAGACGGCGUGGCAGGCCGCCCAAGGUCAAGAAGGAUGAGACAGCAGCAGCAGCAACAGCAACAGGAGAAGGAGAGCCGUCACCAGUCAAGCGUCGCGGCCCAGGACGGCCUCGCAAAGACCAGACGGCCACGGGGACUAGCAGCAGUCGUCGCGGACCGGCAACACCACCGCGCGACUUGCCGGCCCACGAGCACUUUUUCUUCCAAAACAACCGGACCGGAGCAGCCAAGACGUCCAACAACACGCUGGCCGGGUUGACGCUGCUCACACACGAGGAAUACUUUCAGCUCGGCGAGGCCAGCAGCAACAACAGCAGAGCCAACCACGAGACCGAGGUGCGCUUCCUCGAGGACCUGCACGCGCAGUCGUUUGGGCAGUGGGCCUUUGAGCUAGCGCAGGGCUUCGGCGUCUGUCUAUACGGCUACGGAUCGAAGCGACGGGUGCUGCGGGCGUUUGCUCGAGCGCUCUAUCAGGGUGGUGGUAGUGGUGCCAACCGGAUCGUCAUCGUGGACGGCUGGGCUGCCGGAGGGGGGAUGGGGGGGGGACGAGGCACAUCGACAGCGGCAGCGUCAGUAUCAGCGUCAGCAGCAGCGCUGCGAGACAUUAUGGGAGCCGUGGCAGCAGCAGCAGUGAGUGGAGGGAGUGGUGAAGGUGGUGGUGGGAGUGAAGAAGAGGGCGACAGUCAUGGUAUCCCUCAUCUGCCAGCCAUCAUUCCGGCGGCUGAGCGGGCGCUGCUGGCGCUUCUGGAUGCUGGUCUCGACACGACGUCGACGCCGACUGUCACGCUCAUCAUCAACGGCAUCGACGCGCCGGCUCUACGACGACCGGCCGCUCAAGCGACGUUGGCUCGCGUGGCUGCUCAUCGACGCGUGCGGCUGCUCUGUGCUGCCGACACGCCCGGCUUUGCGCUCUUGUGGGACGGCGCAGCGCGGGCGGCCCUCAACCUGGUCUUCCACGACACCACCACGUUUCGUGGGCUCGUGGGCCACGGCAGCGACGAGCACGAGGCAGAUAGCGGUCUCGAUGCCGUCGACGAGGUGCAUGCACUGCUGGGCCGCCGCGUGCGGCGUGUUGGCGGCAAGGACGGCGCGGCGUUUGUGCUGCGCAGUCUGCCGGAGAAUGCGCGGAGCCUGUUCCAGCUGCUCGUGGCGGAAGCGCUGGCCGGAGGUGGUGGAGGAGGAAGACGAGGGGGGAGAGACGGCCGGAGAGCCGUGUCCGACGACGACGACGACGACGACGACAACGAUGACAACGAGUACGGCGACGAGGGCGAGUCGGCCGGGCUCGAGUAUCGCAUACUGUACAACAAGGCGGUGGAGGAGUUUAUCUGCAGCUCCGAGAUGGCCUUCCGGACGCUGCUGAAAGAAUUCCAUGACCACCAAAUGGUUACGAGCCGCAAAGACGCCUUUGGCACCGAGCUGCUGAGCCUGCCGUUUCGACGUGACGAGCUGGAGGCCCUGCUGGAGGAUCUAGUAUCGUGA